AUGGCGUCAGCAAUGCUGAAAAGAACCGGAAUGGUGAAGUCAAUGAUGUUCAAAGGCCUGCAGGAAACAUCCAGAAGGGCGUUCGCAUCAAUUGCAGUGGGUACGGAUUUGUUGUCAGCCGCACCAAAUGUUUCUCUCCAAAAAGCUCGGACUUGGGAUGAGGGUGUUUCUUCCAAAUUCGCCACCACCCCUCUUGCGGAUAUCUUCAAGGGGAAAAAAGUUGUGAUCUUUGGCCUACCGGGUGCAUAUACUGGAGUUUGUUCUGCUCAGCAUGUUCCUAGUUACAAGAAUAAUAUUGACAAGUUCAAGGCUAAGGGAAUUGAUUCUGUGAUUUGCGUAGCUGUCAAUGAUCCCUAUACAAUGAAUGGUUGGGCAGAAAAACUUGGGGCUAAAGAUGCUAUAGAAUUUUAUGGAGAUUUUGAUGGGAGCUUCCACAAGAGUUUGGACUUAAUGGUAGAUCUCUCUGCCGCUUUGCUUGGACCCCGUUCUCAUAGAUGGUCGGCCUAUGUGGCUGAUGGAAAGGUUAAGGUUUUUAAUCUGGAAGGAGCACCUUCUGACAUGAAGGUUUCUGGUGGGGAUAUCAUUUUGAACCAGAUCUGA